AUGGGUGUCGAGGAGCACGAGAAUGCAAAUUGGCUUCAUCAUCCAUUUCCAAGGUUCAUCGUGGGCUUGUAUUUAAGCGACCGUUUCGAUCAGUUUGUCCAAAAGCUCAGGAUGUCAGGUUUCACGGUAGAUGUCCAUAACCUAACUCCGGUCAACUCAGUUGCACGAACAGAUAAACAGCAUUCGCGUGGACAGCGUGGCUAUGAACUACAUCUUGAAGGCAAGGGUAAAGUUGUGGCAAAAACAUUGUUCAUUGCAACGGGCAAUUGGAUACACAACAGGUUUCCCGAGUUCGAACAUUGGAUCCCUUCACCCUUUCCGCCCCAAACCAUACAGCAGAAGAUAAAACUCGGUAGCAACACUGGAAUACUUGGCUGCUCGUUAUCCGCAAUCGACACCGCUCUUACUCUUAGCAAUAUGAAUGGUGAAUUUCAUUCAGGGCAGCGAAACGGCCUAAUAUUCCGACCUUUUCAAGGCGCCGAAUCAUUUAAGAUAACGAUGUAUGGUCGAAAAGCCAUACUACCUCAAGUCAUGGGUGUUGUGGUGAACAAAAUAUUUGCGCAUAAAUACUUAACAGCAGCAUCGUUUAUUCCUGUUAUUAAAGCCAAUAACGGAUUCCUUCCUCUAAAUGACUUUUGGUAUUUUCUUAAGAAAGAAAUCUAUGACGAAGUGCCACACAUUCGUAGACAUUUGCCUGACGAUUGGCAAACUUUGACGUUGGAAGAAGCGGUAUUCAAAAUGAGAAAGUAUCUACAAACAACUGAUGCUGCCAAGAGAUUAGAGCAAGAGAUUAAGGAAGCGAAGCGCAGUCUGAUAACUGGCAUUCCUCUACUGCUUCAGAAUGUCUUUUAUCAGUCCUAUGCAAUAUUCGAUGAAGCUUUAAACUACUUCUCGGCGGAAGAUCGCAUCAGGUUCGAAGAAAUCAAGACCGAACUCCAUUUGUUGAUCGCUCCUUUUCCCAUGCAGAACGCUGAGAAGAUACACGCUCUUAUUUUGGGGGGAUUUUUGGAAAUAAAAAAGAUUGGAAAUAAUUACACGAUUGAUGAAGCAGCUCACAACAAAGGGAUCAAACUAACCUGGCGUCCUGAGGAAGAUUCCACCGUUGAGGCAUAUCAUGAGUUCAUGGUCGACGCCACCGGCCAGCAAGCCGCUUUCGAGAAGGACUCUUCACCUCUCACGGCAUCUUUAAGGAAUGAGAAGCUCAUUAAAGAGGUCCUGGUCCCGUUUCGUAACAGCCAACAAUCCAAGAAGUACCAAGACCAUCCCAUGGUUGUCACGCGAAGUGGUUCCCGUUUUUUCCGUCCACCUGGUGCACUUAUCGAUAUCAAUAAUUUCUCUCUGGUUUCCCGUGCACAAUAUUUUGAUUCACCCAUUUAUUACAUGGGGCCGCUAACGAUGGGCCAGGUCGCAUUUCCACAAGAUCUCAGCGUCGUCACAACGGCAGCUGAGCGUGCUGUUGCUGAUCUGGUCAAGAGAGGUGUACUAGAGCGUGACAGCAGCUGUGUCGUAGAUCAAGAUCCCAUGCCAAUGUAUGGCUGGUUGCCGAAUGCCAAGGGUGAUUUAACAGGUCAGAUGGAGAAAAUGACUAAUACUCUUUCAGCAAUGUUUUGA